AAUGGCCACAUCUAGAGUCAUGAAAAUUGUUCUAAUACUUUUAUACAGUUCAAUAUCCAUCACCUCAGGGCAGUCCAAAAAGCAGUACCACGUGUAUUACGACAGGCUCGUGAAUUUCUACGGAGCAGUAAGUGCCUGUCACAGCUAUGGCCAGCGGCUGGCCACCGUAACCUCGGCGGAGGACACCAGCCGACUGCAGCAGGCCAUCGCCAAGACGAGCCGUUCGGGGCUCUUUUUCACCGCUGGCUACGACUCUGGUCACAACGGAGAGUGGGUUUGGUUCCCGAAUGGAACGAAAAUUUCCACCACCGGGUACAGCAAUUGGCACUCGAGCCAACCGGACAACCACGAGGAGCGCUGUCUGGAGGUUGGCCGCUUCCCCGGCACCAUGUGGAACGACAUCUCCUGCUCGGCGGCGCUGUUUUAUAUUUGCGAGGAGCAAGAUUGAGACGUUUGUGUGAUUUCUUUUUUCACAUUAAAAAAUAAAUCAUGCUUUACAUUAUUUCGAAGAUCCCGAUUU